AGGGAGGGGGCCGUGGCGGCCGGGAUCCCCCUCCAUCCCCGGAGCUGGGGCUCCGCCGCCCGCCCCCGCCGCCCUCCGCUCCGCGCCGGGUGGCGCCCCGGCCCCGCCGCCCCCCAGCCCCGCUCGGCGGUGGGGGAGGCAGCCAGGGAAGCCAUUGCCUGUUUAAUAGUUGCUGUUGCAGCACUUCCGCUUCUCUCCCAGCGAGAGAGACACGAGUGGCCAGGCCCAGCCGCACCGAGGAGGAGCAGCCAGACACAAAGGGAGAGGUUGGGGUGUGUGGUGGGGGGGUCGCUAUGUCGGAUGACGAUUCGAGGGCCAGCACCAGCUCCUCCUCAUCUUCAUCCUCCAACCAACAGACAGAGAAAGAGACAAGCACGCCUAAGAAGAAGGAAAGCAAAGUCAGCAUGAGUAAAAACUCUAAACUGCUAUCUACCAGUGCCAAGAGGAUUCAGAAGGAAUUGGCUGACAUCACCUUGGAUCCACCUCCCAACUGCAGUGCUGGUCCCAAAGGUGAUAACAUCUAUGAAUGGAGAUCAACCAUUCUAGGACCUCCAGGUUCAGUCUAUGAGGGAGGUGUUUUCUUCCUUGACAUCACAUUUACACCAGAAUAUCCCUUCAAGCCUCCAAAGGUAACGUUCCGGACAAGGAUCUACCACUGUAACAUUAACAGCCAAGGCGUCAUCUGCCUGGACAUUUUAAAAGACAACUGGAGUCCAGCGUUAACCAUUUCUAAAGUUCUCCUCUCCAUCUGCUCCCUCCUCACAGACUGUAACCCCGCUGACCCCCUGGUUGGAAGCAUUGCCACUCAGUAUAUGACUAACAGAGCAGAGCAUGACAGAAUGGCCAGACAAUGGACCAAAAGAUACGCUACAUAAAUUGGAUUUUCUUCAAACUCUUACAUUAUUUGUCUGUGAUGGAAAGAGCUGCUUAUGAUUUUGAAGGGGUGGGGGGAGGGAGGGUGCUGGUAAAGAGUAGGGUAUUUCUAUAACAGAUUUUAUUCAGUCUUUUAUUUCCUAAGAUUUUGUUGUUGUAACUUAAGGUAUCUUGCUACAGUAGACAGCUAGGAUUUGGAAUAGCAUACUUUAAGACUGUAAUUAGUUCAGCAAUAUUAGCUCACAUAUAGUACCGAGAAGAAUGUAAACUUCUUAGACUUCUUUGGUUUUCACUUUGCUUGCAAUAUGUAAAAGAUUAAAACAGCUUAAUUUUGUACAGGUACAUAGGUUGACAUUUAUGUAAAAGUCCUUUCAAGACUCUACACACUGUUUUUGCUUUUUGUUUGUUUGGGUUUGAGGGAUUUAUUUUGUUCUAGGUUGAGCUUCUUUUUUUCUUUUUUUCUUUU